AUGUCGACCCUUUGUCGUUUUGUAUUACCAUCAACCUUAUCACCAAUUGAAGACGCAUGUGUUGCCGAAUUUAAUGAAUAUAAAAAACGGAAGAAAGAAAUUGCACAAAACAAAUCGUCGAUAAAACGUUUAACAAAUACAGCAGGAGGAAUAACAGCGAGCCUAACAAGUUCUAAUGAUUCAUCACGGCAUUCAAAAGAUGCCAUAAGAAAUCCUGAACAAGCAAAAGAAGCAGCAAAAAGACUUGUUCAAAGUGGUGCUAUUAAAGUUCAAGCACAGAGUAAGGAUCAAGGGUUCAAACGUGCAGCGUCGAAUUCAGGUCAAGAACGACCGAUUAAAAAAACUGGUUUAACACCGAGUGCAUCACCGUCAACAACAAAUCAAACGAAUCAAUUUCAAGCUGUUUCAUUUGUUAGUCCAAGUUCGACACCAAAAUUUGUACAAUCGAAUUCUCAUGAAAACAAACGUCAUGUUGUUAAUUAUGAUGAUACAGACAAUUAUUGA